CUGGAACUGUUGGCUGGCUUGCUGUUGGCUAGCUUAUUGUUGGCUGACUCUACUCCAGCAGACCCUACCGACCAGGAAACUGUCAUCGUAAGCUCUAGGGAGAGACCUCUGCCCCAUUUCUAUCGAGUCUACAAUGAAUAUGUUUGGAUUUCGCUUGAGACUCCAACAAGGUCAUUUUCUAUUUUCCAAGGUGUCCGUGCACUUGCCGAGGGUGUUAUAGACGAGAGAGGCCUAACUCAUCGUUUUGGCGUAGAGGAAGCUGUUUCUUACUUAGAUCGUCAGGUACCCAUCUCUACUAGCAUAGAGUGUCCAUUUGAUGAUUUUUGUGGAUGGCACCCAGACAGUUUAGAAGAUAACCUAGCCUGGAAUGUGUUCACAGGAAAUGAGCCUUCAACAUUCAUCGGUCCAUCUGCUGACCAUACUGGGCCCAGCGGAACAGGUGGGAGAUUCAUCUAUGCCGAAGCUUCUGGGCUGACAAAGACAUUCACAGCGACUCUCAUAAGCAGCAAGUUCCAAGGAAAGCUAAGCGCCCAGCCUCAGUGCUUCACCUUCUAUUACUAUUUAUCACAGCGCUUUUUUGACCGAGUCUUUGAUCUUAACGUGUUCUUGAUGCGGGAGGACUCGUCUGAACCGGAGACAGUGUGGUCCUUACCUGGACAGAUACGAAACAGAUGGAACAUUGGAGAAUUUACGCUAGGUGACGCAGGAUGGUUCGUCAUUGAGGCUGUGAUUAGCAAAACCAUUGCAUCUUUUGCAAAUCAAGCAGUUCUCAGUAUAGAUGAUAUCCAGCUUACCAGCUGUGUUUUGAACGGUAAUAUCCUGGAGGACAUCAGUAUCCUACCCGAUGACUUGGUCUACAUGAAGUCACCCGAUUAUCCAAACCCUUACCCAAAUGAAGUGUUUCAACUGUGGACUGUCACCACGCCGCAGGGUUACUGGGUUCGCUUUGAUAUCGAUGUCAUCAACAUCGAGGAAUCAUUUGACAUGCUAGCCAUCGGUACCGGCCACGAUUCGACCGAUGGAAACAGUAUCUUAGGGAGCUGGACUGGACGCCAUCUGUUGCAGAGUGUCACUGGGAUAUCGCCCCUUUGUCAAUACUGGGUGUCCUUUAAGAGUGAUCUAACCAUCAGGGAUCAGGGCUUCGUUAUUGUCAUUUACCCGUUGCAGUUUACAGAAUAUGCCAUCUCCUUGGAAACCGUGAGUCAAGUGAGCAUCAGCUCGCCCGACUUUCCUGCGACAUAUCCAACCAGUGAAAUCAUCCUCUGGAGUUUUACGGCACCACCCAAUCACGGACUCUACUUUCGCUUUUCAAAGUUUGAAAUUGAAGCUAAACGGGAUAUGGUUGUUGUUGGAACUGGAGAAUCGCCAAACAUGGGUACCCAACUGGAAGAGCUAUCUGGUUUUAUUACCCCAAGCGAAAUUGUCUCUGAUGAUAAUGCAGCUUGGAUCAUGUUUACAAUGGAUUUGGAAUCGGUUAAGGCAUCUGGGUUCUUUGUAGAAGUGCGAGCUGUUGAAAGGCUAGACUGUGAUGCGAGUAAUGCUUUCCAGUGCGGUAAUGGACUGUGCAUCCCGAUAACAGCUACAUGUGAUGGGAACUUUGACUGCACAGAUUUGACUGACGAACUUUGUCCUGUCUGUGUGGCUGUGCCAGCAAGUUGUACUCAGCUGUUACCUUACGACACAACAUUUUUCCCGAACCAACAUGCUACGAGCGCAGCAGAGGCAGACAGCAUUUUAGGAAAGGUAACGGCCAGCUGUGCUCAGGGAAGCAGGCUACUACAUGUAGCUGUAGCCUGCAACAUGCUGUUCCCUGAAUGCCCUCACCAUGGUCCUACACAACAGUCCUGCAAGUCAUCCUGUGUGACUGAGAAGGACCUAUGUGAAGCGAGCUACGUGACGGAACACGAAGAGGCGUGGCCGCUGGGCUGUGACUCCUUACCUGACGCCGAGGAAGAUAUUUAUGGCAGAUGCACAGGACCAGCUGGAGAUGUUCUAGAUACAUCAAUUUGUGGAACAAGGCCUGCUUACACCCCAUUUCAGACCCGUAUUGUGGGUGGAGUCGACGCACAGGAAGGGGAAUUCCCCUGGAUGGCGUAUCUCAACUCUGUAGACGUUGAUUCUUUCUGUGGAGCAACUCUCAUCUCAUCGGAAUGGGUGGUGACUUCUGCCCAUUGUGUCAGGGGUACAACCAAUAUCCUUCAAUCGGUCGUCAUUGGAGAUCUUCAGCUUUCUGUUGAUUCCGAGCAUCGUCUUGAAAUCUCCCCAGACGAGAUCUUUGUGCAUCCAGAAUACGACCCGACCACAUUGAAUGCCGAUAUCGCCUUGAUUAAGCUGUCGGAGCCUGUAUCUUUCACCGAGUAUGUGAGACCAGCGUGUCUCUCACGAGCAGUUGAGGAAGUCCGAGACUACAAGGCAUGCUUCAUUACUGGCUGGGGCCACACUGAGCAUGAGGAGCUGGACAAUCUACAGAAAGCGAUAGUGAGGUUGAUUGAAGUUAAUCGUUGCAAAGAGCUCCACAGUAUUCCUGAUGAUUUUGACUUGAAGAAUUUCAUUUGCGCUGGUUAUGAACGAGGUGGAAUAGACGCUUGUCAGCUUGAUGAUGGCGGUCCUCUUGUAUGUGAAGGGUUUGAUGGAAGGUGGCACUUGGCAGGUAUAACGAGUUCUAGUGACAGGUGUGCUGAUCCUGGCUUUCCAAGGUUUUACACCAGAGUGUCGUCUUUGCUCCCUUUCAUGGAGUCAAUCAUAUUAAGAAACCUGACUAAAAGUGUUAGUUUGGAUGACAAUGAACCAGUAGAAAUCACCAGCCCAGGUUUCCCCGACCCUUACACCGCCUUCGUUGAUAAGACAUGGUCCGUCAUCGCUCCCCCUGGUUACACCGUCAAAAUUGACAUUGCUGUCUUUGCUUUGGAGGAAGACGGGGAUGUCCUCAUCGUGUACGAGGGAGCAAUAGAUGAUGUUGGUAAACGGGAAGAGGUCCAGAGGCUGACAGGAUCCAAUCCACCGGCCAGUUUGACAUUGUUUUACCCACAUGUCUGGCUGCGGUUCAUCAGCAAUGCAGCUAUCCAGGAACAAGGAUUUCAGCUAAUCAUCAGCAGAGUCAAAGCAUUAGAUUGCAACAGUGAUGAUGUGUUCAAUUGUGUAAACGGUCGAUGUGUCCCAUCAAAUCUAGCCUGUGAUUUGUCCAACGAUUGCCUCGACUUUUCUGAUGAAGAAUAUUGCCCCCCAUGUGUGGAAGUGCCAGCGCCAUGCCAAGGACUAGUCUCUCACAGUCGGACUUACUUCCCAAAUGCACAUGCAGAGACUUUCGAACAGGCUCAGUCGCAACUUCAACUUGUUACAGAUAAUGCUGAUACUGGAUUAAUCGAUUGCCAUCCCGGUAUACUGAAGCUGAUGUGCAGUGCAUUCUUUCCUGAAUGCAUUCAUAAUGGAGCGACAAGGAGACCUUGCCUGCAUGACUGUCUCAUGAUUUCUGAUAUCUGUGGAGGGAUCUAUCACAACACCAUAGGGCAGUCGUGGCCAAUCAGCUGUUCCCGUUUUACAGAUUCACAGGAGGACAAUCAGGGUUCUUGUUUGGGUGGUCAUGGAGAUAUUUUCAACACUGCAGUUUGUGGCACCCGUCCGCAAUAUACUCCUGACCUGUUCAGAAUAGUGGGCGGGGUCGAUGCUGCAGAAGGGGAAUUCCCUUGGAUGGUCUAUCUUUGGGAUGACUUUUGGGGUAUUUUCUGCGGCGGUACUUUGAUAGAUUCUGAAUGGAUUGUUACAUCUGCUCGUUGUGUGUUUGGUAUUGAUAGGACUGUGGAUCGCAUCAUAUUGGGUGAUCUGCUUGCUACUUCCCCAUCCACGCAUCAUCUAAGCAUCAGCCCUGCCCAGAUCAUCCGCUUUCCAGAUUAUAACGUACAAACAGUCAAUAACUUGGAAAUAUUCAAUGGGGAUUUGGCUCUCAUCAGGUUAUCCGAGCCAGUCACCUUCACGGAUUACGUCCGACCUGCGUGUCUGGCGAAGUCAUCUGAGGAGAUUACGGACUACACGAGGUGCACUGUUAGUGGGUGGGGUAACACCGAAGAUACUUCAGACUCACUGGUAUUUGAAGAUCACUUGAAGAAAGCUGUCGUACAUAUUUUGCCAAAUGAGACCUGUGAAGCAUCUUAUCCUAAUAGCAUUACCAAUCUUAUGAUAUGUGCUGGAUAUGAACGCGGAGAAGUCGGUGUAUGUCGGGCAGACAGAGGUAGUCCAUUGGUAUGUGAAGGAUCGGACGGUAGGUGGCAUCUUGUAGGAGUGACAAGCUGGGGCGAUGGGUGCGCAAAACAGGGCAAACCAAGAGUCUAUUCUAGGAUCUCCCAGUUCUUACUGUACAUUGUGAAUGUCUUGGCAGAUAAUAGUGCUCCACUUCCAGCGCCACCUCCAUCUGAUGCUGUUGAACUCAGUCUCACCUUUGGAACUCUUUCUGUGAUAACAUCGGAAAAUUUUCCUAAUAACUACCCAGUGAAUUUUCAUCAAACAUGGGAGAUUACACCCCCACCUGACUCCCUUGUACUUUUCCGUUUCAUCGAGUUUGAUAUAGAAUCUCGGUAUGAUACCCUAUCUCUGUAUCGCGCGAACCUAUUUUCAGCUCCCCCAUUUAGGCAGUUCUCGGGCAACGAUAAACCAAGGGACUUUGAUUUGAGUGUAGAGACAAAACUUGUGAUACGAUUUGAGAGUGACCAAAUCGUUACUCGCAAGGGAUUCCACAUAACCCUCAAAGCCAUAGCCAAAGGAAUGGACACUACAGGCGUAUGUGGAAGAGAGAGUUGCUGUACUGAUAACGCAGAAAGCUGUGAUCGCGGUGACUGCUCCUGUGAUUUCCAGUGUUAUCAAUUUGGCGAUUGCUGCGAGCCUCUGGACAGUAUCUGCCCUGAAGCUGGGUCGAUUUUAGUUACGCUUGUGCCCUCGGAGACAACGACUAUUACUUCACCAAACUUCCCUGAAAACUAUCCUCUCAACGCCAAUGUUUUGUGGGUUAUCAACUCCCCUACCAACUUUCGUAUCACGGUCAAAGUCCUUGACUUCCAAGUGGAGGCUUUAUUUGACGUUCUCACAGUGUUUUCUGGUCGUGAGCAGAUCAUCAUUCAGAAUGGGAACUUCAAUAAUGACAUCAUGUCCACUGGGACGUUCAUGUGGAUGAGGUUUACUAGUGACAACUUUUUAUCAUUUUCUGGGUUCCGUCUUGAGCUGAGCCUGAUCAAUGAGGAUCAACUGUUCUUUUGUGAUAAUGCGGAGGUUAUCUCAAUAACAUCUACUUGCGAUGGCCGACCAGACUGUUCUAAAUCGGAAGAUGAAAAGGAUUGCAGUCCAUUCGAGUUGGAGGAAGGAGAAAGUGUGACGUUUCUGUCAAAUAUCAAUCCUGGUUUCUUUGAGGGUGUUGUUUCGAUUGAAUGGGUUGUCCGAGCAGUCAACCCCAACCAUGUCUUGGUAGUCAUGAUAGGAUCGCUUGAUUUGCGGUUUCACCAGGAUGCCAUCGCAUUCACGGCCGAGACCGGUGGGGAAGUAUUCACCUUGCAAGGGCGACGUUCCCUGGAUUCCCAUGAGGCUCCUGAUAAGGUCAUCACCAGCAGUGGUCUCCGGAUCACCGUCUACGUCAUCUCCAGGUUAUUUGAAUUCAUGGCAGAGGUGAUAGCUGUCCAUGAACCAGGGAUCAGCAUGUGUAAAGACAGUGACAGAGUGAUCAUUCCACAGAGGAUAUGUGAUGGUAUUGUGAACUGCCCAGGCUACGAUGAUGAAGAAAACUGUGGUCCUUUGCAAAGUAUUUUGCUGAACUUUGGAGAGACAGCUAGUAUUAAGAGUCCUGGAUACCCAAUGCUUUCUACGAGUCAACCUCUUCAAAUGAUAUGGACAGUACAAGUAGUUCCUCCAUCAAGGAUUUUGCUUCAUGUGCUGAGUAUCAACUUGGAGGCAUCUCACACUCUCACUAUUGGAACUGGACUAGAUGAUAGUGAUGAAACCAGUGUUUUAUUCAAGGUUAAAGGGAUCCUGUUCAAUGAAGAAUCAAACCUUGGAGAUAUAACCCCGCCAGUGAACUCAAUGUGGAUCCGCAUAGAGAGGUCCUUUUCAGAUGUACCAGCGAAGCUUGCCCUGUCUGCUGACGUAAAAGCAGUGUCUGCAGAAUCAUUGCAAUGCCCAACCUAUCAGCAUCCUUGUAGAGGUAUUUUCCAUGGCUGUUACAAUGAGACGAGCCGCUGUAACGGUAUCCAUGACUGCUUUGACGGAGCUGAUGAAGACUGCAAAUGCCCUGAUUUCCGAGAUUUAAGAUGCGGUCCAUUAAACAAAUGCGUGCCUCGUGAUGAGUUUUGCAAUUCUGAAAUACAUGAAGAUUGUGGAAUCGAUGAAGACGAAUGCACCUUUGUGUGUGAUAACGGUUUUGUGGUGAAUGAAAGAGUGGUCUGCGAUGGACAAAACGACUGUGGUGAUUUUUCAGAUGAACGCCAGGAUUGUGUUUGUACUGCGGAACAGUUUGACUGUGGAGAAAGGUGUAUUUCAGUGAAUAAUGUUUGUGAUGGAGACAUAAACUGUGCCAAUGGUGCUGAUGAAAAAGAUUGCAAAUCUAUGAGCUAUGAGUUCUUAUGUGAUAAUGACCAACCCGUGGCAUACUGGAAGCGUUGCAAUGGUGAGGUGGAUUGUGAUGAUGGAUCAGAUGAACUCAAAUGCAGAUUGUGUGAAGGGAAUUACUUCCAAUGCCGGGACUUUUCAAGAUGCUUAGCAAUGUCCUCUGUGUGUGACAAUGUGAAUGACUGUAGGGAUAUGAGCGAUGAGUUUAGUUGUCCUUGGUCUCCAACUGCACCAACAGCGCCACCUGUCGUUCUGCCACCUGAGACACCAUUACAGACAAGUGAAACACCGGCACUCAAAUUUACUCCGUACAAGGAUUGCGGGUUGCGUCCAGCUCUUGAUGUCCAUCGGGUCACUCAUGGUGAAGACGUGACGGGGCUUGGGGUAUGGCCGUGGCAGGUUGCCCUCUACAGGUCAAAUGAUGAUUUUGCCUGUGGAGGAUCUAUUUUAACGCCCUCAUGGAUCCUCACUGCAGCACACUGUGUGAGUACAAGUCGUUUUGCCUCGCACUCUAUCAAGGCGGGUUCCUUGGCCUACCCCAAAUUUGAGGAGGGUGGCCAAAUUCGAGACGUGGAGAGGGUUUUCAGGCAUGAACGUUAUAAUCGAUUCCUGUUGUCUAAUGAUAUCGCUCUCCUCAAGCUCGUUACUCCUCUGAACAUCACCAAUGAGGUGCAGCCUAUCUGUCUUCCACCAGCAGAUGAAUCUAUACCAAAGGCGGGAGAUUAUGUUACGGUCACAGGAUGGGGCAGCUUCUUCAAGAGAAAUGGUCGGAAACCUGAUCUGCUUCAAAAGGCCAGGCACCCUGUCACACCAAACAACUUCUGUGGUCAUUAUGCUCCCCUGAAUGUUCAACAAUCCAUGUUUUGUGGCAUGUAUCCAAACGGCCUUCAAUCAACCUGUACUGGAGACAGCGGCGGUCCAGCCGUACAGGAGAUGGACAAGCAUUGGUUUCUGGUGGGCCUCACAAGUUGGGUCGAGGAUUGUGGAGCACCUUAUACCCCUGAUGGAUACACUCGCGUAUCAAGCUUCAUUGACUGGAUUCAAGACAUCAUGACUGGAAAUUAAAAUUGUUACUAGUACUAUGCAGUUCAUUUCGUGAUUGAUUUGAUUUUGAUUUUUUCUUGAAGGAAUUUAUAUUAUACAUUUAUGUACCCAGUGAUUUUAUGAUGCGACAGCUGAAUAAGAAUUUCUUAUAGCAGUUCAUGUAUUUUGAAAGAUUUUUUUUAUAAAUAUGAUUAUGCUAUAUUGCUGUAGAAUGCUUAUAAAUUCCUGGUUAGAAAGAGUGCCGUAUUUAUACCUCGGUGAGUCAAAAACAGUAGUUUUAUUCAUUUUUAUUCAAACCACCUAUGUGUAUCUGGUACAAAACAUAAUAAAAACGGCCGUUUUUUACCCACUGUACGGCCACCAUACAAGAACUAUGACUGAGGUAUUACACUGCUGUAUUAUUGAUUAUUGAUAAUUAUAUGUCCUGUCUUUGAGAGUGAACACAUGGAGGAAAAGAAUAGUUUUACUCAGAAAAAAACAUUUCCAAAGAAAUAUGAAAGCUUGUUAAAAUUGUUAAUUUUCAUUGCCGAUGUCACUCGUUCAUUUUUUCCCUCCAUUGGGAAAAGUUUCCAAUAUCUGUCAUCCCCCGCCAUACCCACAUUUGUUGUUGGCCAGAUUGGGAAAUACUGGUGGUAUAUACUUGUGAGUACCACUUUGAUAAUCUUGAAGCAAAGUGGAAAUCAGUUGGAAAAGUAUGAAAAUACUGAAAAAUAUACUUCUUGAAUAUUUUCAGGUAUUGCACAGUUGUUCCUCAAGCAUUUCCUUGUACCUCGCUGUAUCUUAAGUUCUUUAAAGCAGUUACAAGUCUUUCCAAGUAUUUCGCACCUUGGGCGGGAGAUCCAAAAAAAAAUUGGAAAUUUCAAACCCCAUCAGCAUUGCCGCGCUCAAGGUGCAAACACUGCGCCUGCCAGUUGAAGCCACUGUGCAAAUCUCUUAAUCAAUUGAUGCACCUAUAAUCUAAUUUGUCUGCCAAGCAAGCUAGCUAGCAGCAUAUCCAAAAAAGUUAGAUGACAUUUUUCACAAGUUGUGACGUUUUUCCUUUAUCAUUUCUCAUGUGAUGUGAUGAGAAAUGAUACUGAGGUGGAAGGGAUAUAAAACAAAUAUGCAAUGACUCAUUCUCAAAACAUGCUAAAACUUUUCAUACGCAGGAACAUUAACAGUACUAUUAUCACACAAGCCGUUAAUCCGUGGGAGAAGGUAUUUGGUAUUCCGUCGAUAAGAAUAUUGUUAAACCUCAACUGUUAUUGAUUGUUUGUAUAAUAUACAAUAAGAUAAAGUAUAUUCAUUUAACAUUGAAUUAAUAACAAUGAUAGUCAUUUCUUUUGUAGCGCAUAACACAUUGUGAAUAACGUCUCUAUGCGCUUCCAAAGGACUUGGAUAUUAUUACCCUGGCUGUAGCUCAAGCAGCUUUUACGCGCUUGGCAUCUCAAGGAAUAAAUUCCUUAUAAUUAUAUUUGAUUAUGCUGCGUUGUUGUUGAUUGCUUAGAAAUGUUUGGUUAGAAAGUAAAUCUUUUUGCUUAACUGUGCAACUGGUGUUUAUUUGUAAGCUACACCAAAAGUAAAAUAUUUUACAUAUACAAAGUAAUGAAUAGUAAGUUUAUGAUUUUAAUUCAAUUUGAGCUGACCUGUGUUUAUCUGUUUUCCUAACUGCCUCCAGACAAAAACUUUAAGGGGGGCUUAUUUGGGGAUACAGUGCACUUCCAGAGUGCAAUACUAAAAUGGCAAGCAACCAGAUAUUAGAUUUAAAAAUGGUCUUUCAAAAUUAGGAUUCUAAAUGCAAUGAUGGAAAAAAGUUCGAUUGUUGUAAACAAAUUUAGGGAUUACAUCUAGCACUCCCAAGAACACAAUAAGUCAGAGUUUAUUUUUAAUAACUUGUUCAUCUUAUCCCCCCGCCCCUAUAUAGUGGUUAAAUAGGCAUGUGUCAUCUGCUUGAAUAUGUCUGUCAUAGAAAAAUUAGCAUAAAACCGUUUUUAUUUUUCUUGUUAUAGUCAUCAGUACUUAUUUGAAUUCUCAUUUAUGAAUGCAUGUAGUUUACUUGCUUGGCUUGAAAUAGAAAUAAAUCAAUAAUAAAUCAAUUAAAAUCAAUCAA